AUGAACCUACUGCGCCGCAGCGGACUUAACUGCAAUAUGUAUGGCAUUAUUCCAAGACUAGUUAAUGACCCAGGCAUGAAUUCUCCCGCUUUUUCGACGCCCGUUACAUGGCAGGCCCCCAGUAUCGUAUCAAAUUGGGAUUCCAAGAUGGGAAAAGCGUGCAGGAGGAGAAUGACGUAUGGCCAAGGAAAGCCUGGAGCGCAAGGACCACCAAGAUUCGCUAUUUGGGACUACAGGGCAAGCAUUUUAAGACCGUUAUCAUCUCGCAAGUUUCUCAAAUUAAACCAGACGCCCGACUUAAGACAAUUUUCCAGAAUUGAUGCCAGGACAGAGUUAGCACGAAGUGCCCGAGGCUUUUAA